AUGGCAGAAGGAGAAUUUUCUUUUAAGCGGACGUUUAUUACAUAUACCCGAAGGAAAAUUGUAAGCAGAUUUACAAGGUCUAUACCAAAUUUGAGGGUUUUACCCAGAGGAUGGCAUAAAAAAAUAUUCAUCAAAGCAACUAAUAAAUUGAGAAAAAUUCAUGUGAUUUGGAAAAAUAAAAGAUUCAAAAUCUCACAAGAUUUAAAACGCAAAAAACAAGUAGAACUGAAAAUGCUUGCUGAAUAUCUUUUUAAAGACAAAAAAUGCAGCUACGAAUGUAAUACACGUUGUCUGUUUUUGAUUGAACGGUUGAAUUCAUUAGAGAAGUAUUUGAAAAUGACAUUUAUGCGCAAUCUAAAUGAAAAAUACCUUUAUGGUGUUAAAGUGGUAAAAUUCGACCGAAAAGGAUACAAACGAAGAACUAGACUGUUGAUAUUGACAAACAAAUCAUUGUGUUUAAACAAAAUACUUAAAAACAAAUUAAAACCCAAAGAAAAGAUACCAUUGGAUUUUAUAAAAAAAUUAGAAGUUACUUCAGGAAGGGAUAACUUUCUACUCAUCAAAAUUUCACCACAAUAUAAACACAAUAAGGGUGAUAUAAUUCUUGAAGUUCCAUAUUUAAUAGAAUUUGUUACUAAAUUUGUUCACGUCUCUGGCAACUAUAAGCUGUUAAAUAUAAACAGAUUAGGUGUCAAUCAAACGUUAUUGCACGAUAUAAAAGGUUCCAAAAGUGGUGUUAUAGAGUUAAAAGAAUGCAAUUCCACGCCCAGUAUUACUAAAGAUAAGUACAAGAAUUUGAUUGUUUGUGGAUAA